AAUUGUUCAAGCCAUUCGAUUCAUAGAAAGAAGGGUUCGGAUAAGCUCCUUUAUCUUAGGAGGCUCUAUGGUUCUUUUCAAGUUUAUCGAGGGAAUAAAGAUGGUCUUCGAGGCGGGGUAGGAUCUCUCCCUAAGUUAGAUAAUUCUCUUAAAGCUAUGACCGGAACCUCAAGCUCUAGUCCAAGUGAUAACUCUCGGUCUUGGUUAAAGAUAGCAUUAACUCCCAAGAGCGAGAGACAAGAUAACUCAGAGCUUGAUCAGCCCACGGACGGACAGGGAUUUGAACCCUGGAAUGCGAGGAGCAUUGCCCCAUUUCAAGGUCUCCACAGACACGCAAGACGUGAAUGCUCAAAAGCUAGAAUGGGCCAGAACACGCAACAUACAUGUGGACAGGAGGGUGGAGGUAGUAGUAAACCAGAAUUCAAGGAUCACCUUGCUCUCACCAACACCUUAAUAUGUACUGAGAUCUCUAGAUUGGGCAGAUCUGCUUCAUAUAGUUAUUGGCCUAGAUCUGUUAACAGUGUUCUCAAUGUUGGCCGAGCUGGAAAGGGACCUGAUAUCUAUGAGGACCAGAGAAGCCCUCAAAGCACUGAAGA